CAUUUUGUUGACCCUGAAUGUUGCUACUACUACUGUAAAAGUUCAGGUAGGAAUGGAAGGCCAUGGGCUGAAGGACAUUCUGGGAGGUGCGGGUGUUUGUUAGCAGGAGGAUUUUGAAAUGGUUGGUCCAAGAACUAAAGCUUAAGAUUCUUCUAUUAGACCGGAAGAAACUAUGGAGCCUAUGUCAUAUUAUUACAGCGUGGAAAUGACUUUAAGUAAACUUCAAUUAAAAUAUCUGUCAGUUGGUUGGACUGAAAUGUGUACAGUAAAGUUUCCCUUUCAGACCUUGCGAUCUAUUGGGCAGAUGAUAUAAAGGUUUCUGUGAGAGUGUCAAGUGGCCAGCACAAAGACCAACCGUCUUUGCUUUUCCCCCAACUAAUGUCAGGUACCCAUUAGACUGGUUGGACUCAGAGGCGCCAUAAAGAUUUCGAAAUUCAAAAUUCCAGUUUUCACCGAGAUUGGAAUCCAGAAUCGCCAGUUCGGAAGCCAAGCGCUAUACCACUAAGCCACCGCGCCUUCCCUGAAUUGUUUCAAUCUCCAAAAAUGAUUUCCAGGUUAAAAUGCUGUAAUAGAAGUAUUGCCACCGUUGAGACUGAAGAGUCAUUAGAUCAAGAAGUGACUGCCAUUUACGAGGCUAUAAGCAAAAGUGAAGAAAGCAAGAACUCACUAGAUGUGGGAGAGGAUCUCGAUAAGUCCACUCACCAAGACAGCAUUAAAGACUUAAUUAAACUUGAUCGUUAUCGAUCUCAACUGAAAGGUUUCGACCAACUCGAAAGCUUUAUAAACAAGUACGAGAAUGACCCAGUUCAAAUCUCAGACCGUUUACGAAAGUUUCGCAGCAGAACAGAUGACAGCGACGACACAUUGCUGCAUACGGCAGCUCUCCUGAGCGGAGACAUUCGGCUCAUAAAGCUUCUAAUGGAGAACUGCCCAGAAUUAAUCUCCAUCCCAAGAACAGGAAGUUAUCAAGGACAAACUGCUUUGCAUAUAACAAUAGCUAAAGGAAAAGAAAGGGCGACAAAAGCUAUACUCGAAAAUCUUAAAGAAGAAAAUAAAGCCAACAUAUUGUCAAUGAAAGCCACGGGGUCAAAGUUCAAGAAUAAUAUAAUGAUGGGGGAGACUGUGUUCUCUGUGGCUGUACUAACUCUAAACACUGACAUGGUAGAUCUUCUCUUACAGCACGACGCAGGCCUCGAUGAAGUGAACAGCAGAGGGGAUUCAGUCAUACACACAUUGGUCAAAUACGCAGCUAUUAAACCAGAUCAAACUGAUGACAUUAUACGCAUGUUAAAAUAUUUAAACAAGAUUAUUCUUCAGAUGGAAAACGAAAAUAAUCUCAUCAAUAGACUCACCAGAAAUUUUCACAAAACAAGUGAAACGGAAAAAGAUGUGGGCGAUGAGCAAAAAAGACAAGAAAGAGAUGAAGACUUUGACUGCCAGGACAUUGUUGACAAGAUGUGGUUUAAAGAAAAUAAUGACCUAAUGACGCCUUUAAAGUUGGCAGCUUCUGUAGGUUCCAUUGAUAUUUUCAAUGCCUUGAUGAGUUUGAAAGAUGUCUUUUAUUUUCCCAGUAAUUCUGAUGGCUCUUUCGAUACAAAGUAUUAUGAUAUCACGGAAAUCGAUCACGUCGCACAGUAUCGAUAUUCAACAAACCUAAAGAGUCAUAGUAAAGAUACAACGUGCUUUAGCCCCACAAUGGCUUGGUAUUUAGGAUGUGUACCAAGAGGUUCGUCCGUUAUAGAAAGCUUGAGUCGUCUUAAAUGGAAGGAGGCGAAGCCUCUAGUUGAUACUCUACAAAUCAAAAUGAUAAUAGCAAGAAGAUGGAAAAGUUCUCGAAAGUUCUUUUACGUCCUUGGUGUUUUGCACCUAAUUGUCAUGUUUUUAUUUACUACCUCCAUAUUUUACAGGAAGCGAGUGAUGCACUCUUCAGAUUGUACGGACACAAAUAAUGAUUGCUCUAGAGCUCGUAUGUACAGUCAAGUUGUUCCAUGGCUGCUUUUCAUCUACGGACUUGCUGUUGUGGUCUCUGAGAUAUACAGACUGUAUUUACGACACACUUGUAAAGUUUUCAAGCACCAUAACAACAGCUGGUACAGGGCCAGCCUUUUGAUGCUGGCGCUGGGCCUUGGUGUCGAUGCAGGUCUUUACACUUGGCACACGGAAGACAGCAAUGAUCUUAUUUUUGUCAUUCUUAUUCUAGGAUUUUGGUUUCUCUUUUUCUUUCUGAAAGGUUUUGAAAAAUUUUCCGUGUACAUCGUCCUGUUCCAGAAGGUGAUCAUGGGAGACCUGCUGCGCUUUGGGCUGAUCAUUUGCGUUGUUUUCUCCGCGUACUCCUUCGCUAUGUACGCUGUGUUGGUAGGUCGUGGCAACGUCGAAGAAUUCAGCACUUUUGAAAACACAACACUGACCAUGUUCGGGUACAUGCUUGGCCUGAAAGAUUUAAGUUUUUUGGACAGUGUGGAACUACAGACUCAACGACUGGUCGCAGUGAUCUAUGUGAUGUUCAUCAUCACGACCUAUAUACUUCUCAUCAAUACUCUCAUAGCCAUGAUGAGCAGGACAUCGGAAAACAUUUUUGAUGACAGGAAACUAUUAAACAUCAUACAAACAUCCUCAGUGAUCCUGUUUCUGGAUGGCUUCUAUAUACAACGUCAACCAAUUGACGACACCCGAGAAGCUGGCGUGAAGCGUUUCAGGGAAAACAGGUUUUAUUUAGCUAUUAAAACAGAUCAAAUGGGGACAAUGAUUCGUGAUAAAAACUUGACUCCAAGGUGGGAUGACAUAACCAUUGACUUAUUGAAACGCUCUCUGCGUCGCCCCCCAAAGCGCUCUGUCAUAAAGCCAGUUCGUAAACUUAUAACUAAAACGUCCAAAAGAUCAACUAGCGCUAAAUAUGAAACUGCGCCUGAGGGAAAUAAUGAUAAUGCACCGGAAGUAAAGAACACAUUGAACUCCAUGAAUAAAUCCGACAGACAAGCUAUGCUAGACAUCUAUUACCAAGAAUAAGUACAUUAGCUGUGCAUACAUCAAAUUCUAUCUGAUUGUAAGGAAACAAUACAUACAUCCACAGUUGAGAUGAUGUAUCUAAAUUAGGACAAUAAUGAAUUAUAAUAAUAUGGAAAGUUUAGAAUGAUUUUAUUACAUUGUGUAUGAUUGAGUUUAUUAUUGAUUAACAGAGCUUGGCGACUUAAAAGCCAAUUAAAUAAACUAGGGUUUAUAAUUGUGUUAUUUUACUAAACCUUCAAUAUUAAACCUAAUUAUAACUUUAAGUAAACUAUUUCAAUAUGGCAGGUUUUAUCAAUAUCUAUAAAGAAGUGCUUCUCAAAACCCUUUAUAGAGCUUCGAGCGUAAUAGUUCAAUAACGUACUAUAUCGUUGAUAGUUUAUGCUUUUAUAACAGCUCAAUGUGCCUGCGCUCAAAAAUGGGCAUACGCUUUUAAGACAACACUACAGAUAGCUAUGAUCUACUACAUACAUCUGUGGUCAGUACACUGUAGAGGCACUACUUAUUGUUCAAUAGCCGAGCAGUUUAGGAUACAUAUCUCAUCUGGGGGAUAACCGUAGGCCAAAGACUUUUUUUUUCACUUGCUUGGAGGAGAACGGCCCCCACCACAAGCACUUCUAUAAGAAAAACUGAAGCGUUUGUUUGCCCUCUCUAACUGUAGACAGCUGACAUCAAAUGACCCUGGGAAGAGACAGCUGGAUAUUUUUUACAAUGAUUGCCAGACUCAGAUUUGAGACUAAUAAAAUGCUCCUUUUUUAAAAAAAAUCUAACAUUCAUUAGUUUUAAGAGCAAAAUAAUCACCGUAUAAGAUGUAUAGAGAAGGAUUUUUUUUUAACUUGUUUUAAAGUUUUACAUGUUAGCCAGGUAUUCCGGCUAGAUUGCUCAAAGAACUAUGCAAUGAGCUAGCACUAGUGUUCAAAAUACUUUUCAGGCAUCCUUUAAUCAGGGGAGGGUACCGAGGGACUGGAAAAACGCUUAUGUCACUCCCAAAUUUAAAAAAGGAGAAAAAUCUGAUCCAGUAAACUACAGACCAGUAUCACUAACCUGCAUCACAUGUAAAAUACUAGAGCACAUAAUAGUUAGCAACUAUAUAAAUCAAAGCAAUAAUACAUUAAACAUUGAACCAUAAUUUACAAAUACAAUAACGAAAUCUAAUUAAUCACAAGAAAGACACAAAGAUAACUGCACAUUUCUUGAUCAAUGUACCUAAUGACAUUACAAGAUAGAAUGGGUCACGGAAUUAGCCAGGAAAACCAACGACUUAGCAGAGUUUAAGUCACGGAUUAGCAUGCAUGACUACAUUGACACAUGAAAGACAUAGGACGUAAUUCUCUUCUCUUUUAAAGUAACGUCUAUAAUUUAUAAGAUAUUCUAAUAUUAUAGUACAUGCUGAUGAUAUUAGUUUUGAUCUAUAAAAGAAAAUAUUAAAGAAUGCUUUCACUUGUCUAUAAUGCUGUGUGUGAAGCAAAUGUUUUCGCAAUGAAUGUUUAUAAUAUUUGUUUUGAUAUUCUGUUUACAUAAAGUAUGUAUCUGCUACUAGCUGGAGAUGUAAUGUUAUCACAGUUACAUUAUUAUUAUUAUUAUUAUUAUGUAAUACAAGUUGAUAAUAUAAUGUUACAUUUGUUUUUAUCUGCCUUAGGUUUACAUUAUAUUUAGGCACUGAUUGAAUAACUCUGUGGGCUGAAUGCAUAUUUAUUUUAUUAUCAUUAUAUUGCUGUAUGCGCAAUAGAAACACCUUUUCUGUCAUUAAUAAAGAUUAUUAUUAUUA